AUGGAUGGAGGUUCCAUCCACAAACGAUCUUCUGGAAUCGAUAGUGGAGAUCGUCUGGAAUCGACAAUGGAUAGAGGUUCCAUUCAUAGAAGAUCGUCUGGAAUCGACAAUGGAAGAAGGUUCCGUCCACAGACGAUCGCCUGGAAUCGACAAUGGAGAUCGACUGGAAUCGAAAGAGAUGGAGGAGGAGGUGGAGAUGGAGGUGGAGGAGGAGUAGGAGGUCGAGGUAGAGGAGGAGGAAGGGGUGGUGGAGGUGGAGGUGGAGGAGGAGGUGGAAACAAGGUUCAGGAGGUGGAAGGUGAUAGGGAUAGGAAAGAGAGGUAUAGAGGAGGCAAAGAACGAGAGGGGAAGGGAGGUGGGUAG